UUCCACCGCGUCGCGACGACAUGACCCACCGUCGCCAACAUGAACGCAGCCAUCCCGUCAAAACACCCUCCAAUUACGUGCCACGAUCCGCAAUAGUGGCCUGAUGAAACGCGUGUUAGUGUUAUUGUUAUUAUUAUGUUCACGCAGAAGAUCAAGUACGUGGUGCUGCUGAGAUGGACCUACACGGUGCCGUUGUUGUGCUACGUCGCGUUCUUCGUGAUGAUCUGGAUGCUGUCGGUGCCGCUGAAGCCGCCGAAGGAGACGGUGAAGCACAUCGGCGACAGGCCGGAGGACACGUUCGAGAUCCGGAUCAAGAACAGCAACUUCGACUCGGACAAGAAACCGGAGGAGUACGAGGAACGGAACGAGUAUCUUAUCAACGCGAACAACGCUGAGAACGCGCACAAGGACAAAACGGACAUUCUCAAGGAAGUCUUCAUCAAAGCAGACAAGAACGUGGACGGAAAGCUAGAUCCGAACGAGCUGGCGGAAUGGAUAAGAAAAAAGAUCGUCGAGCACAUUUCUUCCGCUGUCAGCAACAACUACAGCCUCUUCAAGCUAAUAGACGUGAGUCCCCGAAACGGAGCGAUAACGUGGAAGGAGUACCACACGUAUUUCUUAAAGAAGCGAGGCUUCAGCAACAACUACGUGCAAAAUCAUGACGAAAGGCGGCACAAAGGCCUGCAGAGAUCCAUCAAAGAACAAAUAAUGAGGGACAAAGCGUCCUGGAUGGAGGCGGCGAGAUCAAACCCUGAUUCGUUGACGGUGGACGAGUUUCUGGCCUUCACACAUCCGGAGUCGAGUGCCGCCAAUCAGUUGGCACUCGUGGACGAGCUGUAUGACAAGUUCGACAGAGACGGUGACGAACUGUUGACUGAAAACGAGUUCGCUAUCCUCCAAACCGAAGGAAACGGCGAGGAGACGUUGAUUGUGCGCCAGGACGAAAACGAGCGUCGGGCGGAGUUCCGCAAGUCCAUAGAUCUGAAUGGGGACGGCAAGGCGGACAGGAGGGAGCUGCUCCACUACGUCGCCCCCCAAAGUCCCAGGCACAGCGAGCACGAGGCGGAAGCGCUGCUGGCCAUCGCCGACACGGAUCGCGACAACUCAUUGUCCCUGAACGAGAUCCUGGCACAUCCGGAUCUGUUCCUGAAGUCCAAAAUGGUGGACACCGCCCGAAGCUUUCACGACGAGUUCUGAAGCUGACAUAGACGUUUUUUUCUAUUGAUAGCCCGUCUUUGUAUUUCGGUUGUGAUAAUAAAUUAUUUAUAGAGG